AAGAAGACUCGCCAACGAUAUCUUUGGAGUUGGCGCAACAGUUGAGCAACAUCCAAAGUAUGGAAGAUUUUUACAAAACUUUCAACAUUCAGCAAGAAGAAAAUGAAAAUGCACCUGAGGAAAACUCAACAGUGCCUUUUUCGUCAACUGUGAUUGGAGUUCUGAGCAGUGAUAAAUAUCCCAUUAAUUCAACAAGUGGGAGUGACCCGAGAUCAAAAGUAUUAGUGAAGAGAAGCACUGAUGCAGUGGCCAGAGCUCCAGAAUUCGCGCAGUGCAAGCCAGAAUUGCAAGCGGUGCAAAUCUCGAACAGCAUCACUGGUCGUGAGCUGAGAAAGCCCGACUGCAUCAAAAUCGAAAGAUGCACCGGAUGUUCUCAGCAGAUGUCGAUGAGCUGUCAACCGACUAAGACAGAAAACGUCAAAGUUGAGGUACAUGUCUUCAGUCUUGAUGGGAGAGGCAGGCCUCACAAACCAAAAGGAAAGCAAAUUGUGCAUGUUGAGAGGCAUUUGGAAUGUAAAGUCAUGUGCAAUGUUAAGCAACAUCACUGCACUGAAAAACAAGACUUUGAUGCAGAUAACUGUUCAUGUGUCUGUAAGAAUAUCGACGAGAAAGAAAAAUGUCUGAGAGACAGCAGAGUGAAAGAAUGGAAUAAGAAGAAGUGCGCCUGUCAAUGUAAAACUGUUCCUGAGUGCGGUGAAGCUGAAUACUUCAACAAUUUGACUUGCUC